UUCCUUCAGUACUAUCCCUAAUCGUCCAAUCAGGAAAUCUCCCACACUCCCUCACCAUGCCAGCCAUCACGAGAUGACUAAUGGUGCAUAUCAGAACCUAAAAACAAGUCUGAUUUGGUAUCUCUCCACCUUCAGCGCUUCCCUUUUGCUAACAACAAUCAGAGGAAAGGAAAAGUAAGCUCGGUUUUCUGUCGGCUAACGCAGUGAAUCAGCAAAGAGCUCCUAGGAAUUAAUGGUGAGCUGCGCGGCUCAGCUGAGUCAAAGCGGUGUCAGCAGCGGAGGUGUGAAUCCUGAACACUGGAAGACGCCGGGCGGAUGUUGCUCAUAAAUUUUCAACAGGAGUUACACCUGGAAGUUUUACUUCUUUUCAGACCAGGGGAUAAAGCAUGAGCCUUUCGUCCCUUAUCCGUGGAACAUCACCGCAUGAAAAGAGGAAUUUCUUCUGAAUCUUCACAAGCGUUUCAAGGCUUUACAGAGGAUAUUUACGAAAAGUUGUUCUUUAUGUACAUUCAUGGAUCGCGGCAGCUCCAUGGGCGAUCUUCACGACCAUGACGGAGCGUAUGAUACUUAAGGGAGCCUGGGGGACUGCCGAAAGUGAUUCUUGUAGUAUGUUUGCCAUGGAAAUGAGAGAUUCACGCCUGCUUAGACUGCUUGCUGCCUACCUGACAAUGUGCACCGAAAAGGGAGGGUUUGCGUAGGGUAUCGAUGGAUUCAAUAAAAGCUUUAAAGUGAUGCGGAGAUGAGCAAGAACAUUUAGGACAAAUGAAAUACACAAAAUUAUACUUAUGCAUUUCUCCUUCCAAACACAACUGGAUGUCUGGCAUUCUUUCGGUCACAUAAAUAAUCAGUCAUGAAUUAGCAGUCCCGUUCAUUUAGGGUUUGCAACCUGAGAUCAUUACUUGAAAAUGUAAGCAUACCCCAAAAAUGAUAGGCUGUGUGUGUUCGUGUGUGCUGUACACUAUAUAGUUAUGUUCUUCAUUAUAAUGAAUGGCCACGCAGUGCUUUACCUCAAGUGCCCACAAACCCAGUGUUUGUAGACAGCUGUGAUGCUGCUGUAUCUCUCAUGAGUUAGCAGGAAAGCUGCAGUCACGUAUGUAACUGCUAGACUGCAUAGGAAAAGCUGGGAAUCCUUAAAACGUCAAAACAGCAAAUGUUUAUGGAUUGUGGAAAAAAAAAUGUUUUGGCAUGUUUUUGCUUUAUCAUUAGUAAUAGAUAAAAGUGGCUUCUGAUGCCAAACAACAGAGGGCGCGUCAUGAGAAAUGUUCGCACUUUGCUGUAAUUUUAUAAUUUCUUUAUCACCUAUGGAAGAAAUGCUGCGCUGCCGGCAACAUUUGUUGUAGCAGAACGAGUCUGCAAGUCUGGAAAUCGGAGAACCAGAAAAGCUGUAGAAAUUACCGCGCAAAGACAGCGAGUAAUGCACAUCAUGAAAGCCGCACAAGACUAAUUUCAAGCACGUAUGUGUAAUUUUAAGAAGCUGAGAGAGGAGACAUAACACCAAUAUAUGUGUCCCCAAGUUCUUUUAUGUAAUAAGUAUAACACGAAAAGCAUGGAAUCCGAGCGCUAGCUGAAGGGUGGAGGGAGCAGGGGCUGACAAAGGUGCAUUCUUAAUUUAAAAAUUGAGUCUCGAACUGCAUUUUUUUUUUUUGGUCUCUUGAUUUCUCUCCCUGCUGGGUUUCAGCGACCAGCUGGGGAUAUUUUAUUAGAAUUAGUUUCCCUGUGGUCGUGGCCCCUGAUGGUUUUGCCCUGGCAUUGGGAGAGGCUCGGAUCCUGCAGAUUGUUCCUCGCUCUCCCGGGUACUCUUUGCACUAGGAUGUUGCGGCAGGUUUUGCACGGAGGGCUGAGGACGUCUUUCUCCAAGCUUGGCCACUUCGUCGCCAAUCAUCCGGUGUUCUUCGCCUCCGCCCCAGUGCUCAUUUCAAUUCUACUCGGAGCCAGCUUCAGUCGCUACAGGAUUGAAGAGAACGUGGAGUACCUGUUGGCCCCACAGCACAGCCUGGCUAAAAUUGAAGGCAACUUAGUGGACAGUCUUUUCCCUCUGAAUAGAUCCAAACAUACGCUGUAUUCAGACCUGCAGACGCCCGGGAGGUACGGCAGAGUGAUUAUUACCUCUCCUGGGAAAGGAAAUAUGCUCGAUCAACAUCACAUUGACCUCGUGCUAAAGUUGCAUACCUCCGUGACCAAGAUUCAAGUGCACAUGCUGGGUUUCAACUACACAUUUGCGCAUAUUUGCAUUUUGGACGAUAAUAAGAGUUGCAUUGUUGAUGAAAUCAUGCGAGUCCUGGAAGAGUUAAAAGCUUCAAGAUCUUCAAACCGAACAAGCUUCACAAUUCGGUAUCCCAUCACAUACCUUAAGGAUGGAAGGGAGGUCUAUAUUGGACAUCAACUAGGAGGAGUUCUAACUCACAGCAAGGAUCGGGUAAAGUCAGCUGAAGCAAUUCAGUUAACCUACUAUUUGCAAGCAAUCAACACAUUGAAUGACGUAGUCGCAAACAAGUGGGAAACCAAAUUCUACGAAACAGUUGAACUUUUCCAGCAGGCACAUCCGGAGCUGAAGAUGUACCCCUUCAUUUCUUCUUCUCUGCAAAGUGAUUUUCAGAAGAGCAGCAAGGUUUCUGAGCAACACCUGAUUACAAGCCUGACCCUUGUGGUAACACUAGCUAUUCUCUUUAGUUCAAUGUGGGACUGUGUCCGCAGCAAACCUUGGUUAGGCCUACUGGCUGUUCUGACAAUUAGUCUUGCAACUCUGACUUCAGCAGGGAUAAUCAACCUUGCUGGUGGGAAAUACAAUUCAACUUUCCUAGGAAUUCCCUUCAUUGUACUAGGACAUGGACUUUAUGGCACUUUUGAAAUGCUUGCAUCCUGGAGGAAGACCAGAGAGGACCAGCAUGUCAAGGAAAGAACAGCUACAGUUUAUGCAGACUGCAUGAUCCCUUUCACACUCACCACCGCAAUGUACAUGGUUACCUUUGGCAUCGGUGCCAGCCCCUUCACCAAUAUUGAGGCCGUACGCAUUUUCUGCCACAACACAUGCAUCUCAGUGUUCUUUAACUACCUCUAUAUAAUGACAUUUUAUGGCUCAAAUUUGGUGUUUACUGGUUACCUAGAAAACAAUUACCAGCAUAACAUUUUUUGCAAAAAGGUGCCAAAGCCUGAGGUCUUGCAGCAGAAGCCUGCCUGGUAUCGAUUUUUCAUGUAUACCCAUUACAAUGAAGAAAGCGGUGAAUCUAUAGAAAUGAGCUCAUAUGACAGCCAUCUUCUAGUUUGUUUCAUGAAACGUUACUAUUGUGACUUUAUAACAAACACAUAUGUGAAACCAUUUGUGGUACUCUUCUACUUAGUUUAUAUCUCUUUUGCCUUAAUGGGCUACUUGCAAGUUAGUGAAGGUUCAGACCUUAGUAACUUAGUAGCCACUGAAUCAAGCACCAUUGCAUAUACAACUGCGCAGCAGAAAUACUUUAGUAAUUAUAGCCCAGUGAUUGGAUUCUACAUUUAUGAGUCAAUUGAGUACUGGAAUGUCAGCGUCCAGGAAGACGUCUUAGAAUACACAAAGGGUUUUGUGAGGAUAUCCUGGUUUGAAAGUUAUUUAAACUACCUUCGAAGGCUCAAUGUGACCACCGGCUUGUCAAAAAAAAACUUCACAGAUAUCCUACGCAACUCCUUUCUGAGGUCACCUCAGUUUUCCCACUUCUCUGAUGACAUCAUCUUUGCGAGAAAGUCCUUCAGCGAGGUGGAGGUUGUUGCGUCACGUAUGUUUCUGGUCGCCAAAACCACCGAGAACAAGAGGAAGGAAAUGUAUAUCCUUCUGGAUACCUUGCAAAAACUAUCACUGACAUCCAAGGUGAAAUUCAUCAUCUUCAACCCCUCCUUUGUAUACAUGGACCGUUAUGCGUCCUCCGUGGGAGCACCACUGCAGAAUUCCUGUAUCAGUGCCCUGUUUCUUCUUUUUUUCUCUGCUUUUCUGGUGGCGGACUCGCUAAUUAAUGUUUGGGUGACCCUAACAGUAGCCUCAGUAGAGUUUGGGAUUGUCGGCUUCAUGACCUUGUGGAAGGUGGAUUUAGACUGCAUUUCAGUCCUCUGUUUGAUUUAUGGAAUAAACCACACCAUUGACAAUUGCAUCCCCCUGAUCUCCACUUUUGUGUUGGGCAAAGAUUUCACAAGAACUAAGUGGGUAAAGAACACCCUUGAACGCCACGGGGUGGCCCUUUUACAAAACUACCUAUGUUAUACCGCCGGUCUCAUUCCUCUUGCUGCUGUGCCUUCCAAUAUGACCCGCAUACUGUUCAGGUGCUUGUUUUUGAUAGCUUUUGUUACUUUUUUUCACUGCUUGGCCAUCUUACCUGUCAUGUUGACUUUUCUUCCCCCUUCGAAAAAGAAAAGGAAAGAAAAAAAGGGGCCAGAGAAUCGUGAAGAGAUUGAAUGUGUAGAGAUGGUGGACAGCAUCAGAGUAGUUGAUCAAAUCACGUCUGUCUGAAGCUCUGAGGAUACAAAUUCAGGGGUAAUGUGAUGGUAAAAUUACAAAACAAGUAAAUGUGCACCCAUACUGAGGGGCAUUAAAGAAAAGCACCAAGACGUGGUGUUGUUAAGGCCAUCUCCAGACAUGAACAAAUGAGAAGGAGAUCUCCCAUCAAUUGAGAAAACAAUGAUAGAAGUGUAAGAAGGCAGUCAGUGAGAAUCUGAUAGCAGGAGGCAAAGUGAACAGGAAAUUAAGUUCAGUUAAAAAGAACAUGCAAAAGACAUCAGCAUUGACAAAGCAGAUAAUAAUACAUUUGUGGUAUUUUCAAAUUACUUUCCUGUCGAUGAUAUUUAGGAGGUCAACUGCCUAGCAAAUACAGAGGUGAACUUUAUCAAAUGGAAGGGAGAGUGUGGGGAAUUUUAUCUAGCAGUUUAAAAUUGAUUUGAAUGAAAAGAUUCAAAUUUUACUUGAAGUGGACUAGCGUGAGGAUACUGCUUGCAGUCAGAAUUGUGAUUCCAGAGAUUUAACAAGCGUUAAGUUCUGUUGGGGCUUUACAUUUUGUCAGCUGGCAGGCUAAAAUCAACUCUUUGCUAUAAUGGGUCCUAAAUAACAGUUGAAAACAUAAAAGAGCCACAAAUGACCAAUUUUAAUGGUUUUUAUUCUGUUAUCCAGCUGAUAAGUGAACUGUGUUUAUUUUAUUUUUUUAAAUUGCCAGACCCAGCAUGCUACUGAAAAAAAUCAAUAUGCAACUGAAUUAUAUUACCUUCUGUUCAUUUGCACCAUGCAGUGUCUCAUUAGGAACCUAAUUCUCACCUUUUUCUGGCCAGACAAUCUAUUCUUAGACCACAGAGAUAAGUUGUCAGUUACCCUUUUUGUUCAACAUCUUCUAUUUAGGGUGCCAACCCACUACAAGCCACCAAAGUACCAAGCAACCUCUACUCAGUACACUGUUACCAUUUUUCAUCAUUUUGUAUAUUGUGCAGUUGAGAGAACUGAUUUGUUGAAAAAUUUCCCAUCAUUCCUUUAGCACUCUAUUGGUGAACUUAAAAAUGCUUUAUGCUUUUUAAAUUUUUGUAAUCUUUUUCC